GAAACAACGUAGGGAAUGUGCAAUUGCCGAUAGACAAGAAACGCGACAAGAGCACUGCAUUGACAUGGCGACUUCUCGCGGAAACACUAAGGUCAUUGUUGUUGGUGGAGGGGGAACGAUUGGCUCUUCGACAGCGCUGCAUCUGCUUCGAUCCGGAUACACCCCUUCGAAUAUCACGGUCCUGGACAUCUAUCCGAUUCCCUCAGCGCAAUCAGCUGGGAAUGAUCUCAACAAAAUUAUGGGCAUCCGGUUGCGGAACAAGGUGGACUUACAGCUGAGUCUGGGGGCGCGCGAUAUGUGGAAGCAUGACCCAUUGUUCAAGAAUUUCUUCCACAAUACUGGCAGACUUGACUGCGAGUCCACGGACGACGGGAUAAAAUCCCUUCGAAAGCAAUAUCAAGCUCUGCUUGAUGCCGGCGCCGGCUUGGAGAAGACCAAUGAAUGGCUGGAAACCGAAGAACAGAUCUUGGCAAAGAUGCCACUUCUGAAGCGCGAGAAUAUCCAGGGAUGGAAAGCCAUUUUCAGCCAGGACGGCGGUUGGUUGGCUGCCGCAAAAGCGAUCAAUUCGAUCGGAAUAGAACUAAAAAAGAAAGGAGUCAAUUUCGGAUUUGGCGACGCUGGAUCCUUCAAGCGACCGCUUUUCGCGAGCGAUGGGACGACAUGCAUUGGGGUUGAGACGGUGAACGGGGUGAGGUACCAUGCGGACAAAGUUGUACUGGCAGCUGGAGCCUGGAGCCCCGCAUUAGUCGACCUAGAAGAACAAUGUUGCUCAAAAGCGUGGGUCUACGCCCACAUGCGACUAACGCCCGAAGAAGUGGCGGAAUACAAGAAGUCGCCGGUGGUGUAUAAUGGCGACGUUGGAUUCUUCUUCGAGCCGGACGAAUACGGGGUGAUCAAGGUCUGCGACGAGUUCCCUGGCUUCACUCGGUUCAAGCGACAUCAGCCGUAUGGCGCGGAUGCUCCGAAGCGCGUUUCCGUUCCUCGGUCUCAUUCAAAGCACCCUACAGACACAUACCCGGACGCAUCCGAGAAGAGCAUUCGUAGAGCGAUAGAAAUCUACCUUCCGCGCUUCAAGAAUAAGGAACUCUUUAACCGAGCUUUGUGCUGGUGUGCGGAUACCGCUGAUGCGGCGCUGCUGGUAUGCGAGCACCCCAUGUGGAAGAACUUCAUUGUAGCCAGCGGAGACAGCGGCCACACGUUCAAGCUUCUGCCGAACAUUGGUAAGCAUGUAGUCGAGCUUAUAGAAGGUACUUUGGCAGAUGAUUUGGCCCACGCUUGGAGAUGGCGGCCAGGAAUUGGUGACCCGGUCAAAUCGAGGCGAGCUGCUCGAGCGAAAGAUUUGGCGGACAUGCCGGGAUGGAAGCAUGACUCAGACGAGGCGAAAUUGUGA